CGAACGUGUGCUGCAAACCGAGCGUUUCGCCAAUUUCGCAUUAUCCACGGUCUGCCAAUAGUUGCGUGCGUCAAAAGAGGCCACAAAUACGGCACCGGUGGCGCAAGCCUGCCGAUGCGUGGUCUCGGAGCCCGUAAAGUUUCGCUCCACAGCCGAACGAAGUUUCUUGAAAGUGAUCAUAUUUUGCUUUGCAAAUCAGUUGAAUUGGUAGUGCUAGUGUGCAAAAAGUGAACCUCAGUGAAAAGAAUAAGGAAAGACAGGCGUUGAGCGGAACACCCGCGUGGCGUAUAGUGAAAACGGCGUGACACGGGAAUCGUCAUCAGGAGUGGUGUGGCGUGCCUGAUCGUGACACGGGGGACUUAUUUUGCUAAGACGAACAACCAACGCUUCCUCGUGUCCCGCACAUAGCGGAAAACGGCCUCAAAAUGAGUUGCCCAAUGCCGGAGAUCGGAUCCUGCAUAUCUCUGAUAUCGAAGGCUGAUAUCCGUUACGAGGGUCUGCUGUUUACCGUCGAUCCGGAGCGCUGCACGAUCGCUCUAGCGCGAGUGAAAUCCUAUGGAACGGAAGAUCGCGAAACGCAGUUCCCGAUAGCGCCGCAAAAUCAAUGCUAUGAUUACAUUCUGUUCCGCGGGACGGACAUUAAGGAUAUUCGGGUGAUCAACAACAACCAAGUACCGAAUGAUCCGGCCAUCAUGCAGAUGCAUUUGCCGCCGCAGCAGCAGCCGCCGCCGCAGAUGGCGAUGCAAAACAAGCUCGGCCAGCCCAGCUACCAGUCGCCGCAGGGCUUCAUGAUGCCGCAGAUGGGUGGCCCCCCGGCUGGACCUCCCGGUGGGCCGAUGGGUGGAGGACCACCCGGUGGACCGAUGGGUGGCCCUCCACCGCCAGGCCACCAGCCGCAGAUGGGUGGCGCAGGUGGCCAACCGUACAAUUCCUUCGCGGGAAUGAACAAUCUCGGAGGAAGUGGAUCGCGUUCGGCAACGCCGAGCAACAGCAUGCUUUCACGCAAGAGCCCUACGGUAGAUAUCGCUGUGCAGACAAACCAACAACAGCAGCAGCAGCAACAACAGCUGCAACAACACCACCAAGGCCAACAGCAGCAGCAGCCGCAACAGCAGAUGAUGCAGCAAAACAAUCGCGAUGCAGGUAACAACCAGCGAAACAAGAACAACCAUCGGGGAAACAACCAGAACAACAACCAGCGCGAAAGACGUGAUUCAGGCAAGCAACAACAACAUCAGCAACAAGGUGGUGACAAUCAGCUCAAGGAUAACUUCAGCAACAAGCCGCGCCAGCAGCAGCACCAUCAACAGCAACAGCAGGGUGCGGGACAGAAUCGUGGCGGAUGGAACAAUAACCGUAACCAUCAAAACCAAAACAACGGUGGCGGUGGUAACAAUCUGCGUGGUCGUCCACGUGGUAAUGUCGGACAACCGCAGCAGCAGCAGGGAGGUGUUGGUGGAGCCGGCCAGCGUGCGAAGAACUUACUGAAGUUCGAAAAUGAUUACGAUUUCGAGCAAGCCAACAACAAGUUUGAAGAACUGCGCUCGCAACUCUCGAAACUUAAGGUGGGCGAAGAAGUGAAACCGGAGCAGAUCACUAGCGAAACGUUGGAUAAGAAGGAUGAUUCGGGUAAUGAAACCGGCGCCGGGGAGCACGAGCAGGAAGACGAGGAAGUGAUCUGCUACGAUAAGGCCAAAUCGUUCUUUGACACCAUCUCGUGUGAGGCUGUCGAGCGUGCCAAGGGCAAGCAGCAGCGUACUGAUUGGCGCCAGGAGCGUAAGCUGAACACCGAAACAUUUGGCGUCGGCUCAACCCGACGUGGAGGAUAUAAUAGACGGGGUGGUUAUUUCAACCGUGGCCCUAAUAACUACCACCGCGGUGGCAACAACUAUCGCGGCGGUAGCAACAACUAUCGAGGCCGCAGUAACAAUCGAAACAACCAGUUGAACGGUGGUGGUAGUAUGUCCCAACAUCGCACGGGAGCAUCGGGUGGUCAGCAGCAGAUCGGUAACCAGAGCUCCAGCGGCAGUACUCAACCGAAUCAGCCAUCGUCAGCGGUCCAAACCAGCCAGGAGCAGCAGCAACCGGCCGUCAUAGAGGUAGCUGCAGGCAAAUAAUGCCACGGAAAUCGGAUCAUAACGGAGAAACUCUUACUUUUAGAAAGCUGACUAUGUUCCGUUCAAACGAUGCUAAGAAAAGGAGUGAUAAGAGGAGAGAAUGAAUCCCCACAGAGAUAUCUCUGAAAUCUCUGAAAAGGGGAAGCCGGGAGAAUUGAGUGUAGAGAGAGUGUGAAGCAGAUUGGCGAGAGUACAGAGAUAAGAAACUACAAGUUAAUGAAACACAUUAUACAACAACACCCCUAUAUGCAUAUAAACCAUACCUAGAGCAACGGUUUGCAACGUAUUCUACACAGAACCCAGCAGAUGGUGCACAGCCACGCGGACAGUUACGUAAGGUAGUCGAAAGAGACACAACAACGCAGUGCGUUCAAGAGCAUCCAUUCCCAUGGCAGACAAAAUGAGGAACAGCAGAAGAAAGGGAUGGAAGUUGCUUUCCUCUUACGUCGCUUAAAGCGGAUGUAGCGCUCAAGACUGCGGGUUAACAACGAAGCAUGCAUCUUCAGACCCACCCGAUUAUAAACGUACGCAAGAGAUAACGCCGCGCUCUCAUUAACAAUCCCUUUGGCACCUUGUGGAGUGGUGACAAAUGUUCGAGCAAAGGACAGCAAGUUCAAUACAUACAGCAGCGGCAGAACACAAAACCAAAUGAAAGGCACGUAAAAGUGACACCGAUCGAAAGCAGCGUCUCUACCACGGGAUUGCACAGCAAAUGACAAGGGGUAUUCUUAUGGGGCGGACGAAAGGAAAGAUACCCCAUUUACUAUAUGACCUGUGUGACCCGGAGGUUGUUGCGACCGUCCUCUGCAAAAGUAUGGCAAAAGUUUUGCACAUUCACGUUGCUGGUUUCUAAUACUAAAUGCUUAGCUGCCGGAGCUACGGAGGAGACCUGAUCACGCUAAAGAAGGAGACACAGAGAGAAAGAGAACGAGAGACCGAAUCGCUGUACUAAUGUCCAAGGAUGCAACAAUUGUUCGAUUAUGUGUAUUAGAAUUUCCCAUAGCCGGACAAAACGUUAUUAAACUACUAAGAAACAGCGUGACAUUAGCGGCUUCGUAGAUGCGUUCACACAACAAGAAGGAAUACGCAGGACUACUGCGAUUUAGCAGGGAUGAUAGUAUUGCGGAUCGAGAUCGAAAAACAACUUCUCCUCCGACCCGAAGCCGAUCUGGAAGUGGUGGAAAGAAGUGUAAAAAACCAAGAAACAAUAUGCUUGUGUAUGCAUGUAAGCUAUACUAAUGUGAACCGGACAGGUCAGGACAGUGUGAGGUAAAAAGAAAGGAGCGAACAAAAACAUAAAAUCUGCAAAAUCGAUAGUCAUAAACGAACCAGCUGCAAACGCCUAGGAUGCAAGACACAGAUGAAAACUAGCUUGCUUGGUUCUAUGGCAAACGGUGGGUCCACCGUAAGAAAGCGUUCGCGAGGCAAGAUACGGAAAGAGAAAGCGGUCGGGCGGCCGUAGUAACAUGCCAAACGGAUGUUUGAGAACCGUCCACGCGUUCUGCAAUGGAAGAACAGAGAAGAGUGUCCAGGAAUCAAUCAGAGAGACAGGCAACUAUGGAAAGACUUAAUGUAAAGUACAUUUGCUUUCAUUUGAGUCUCUUACUAGAGAACAGUGGGCGCGGUUGCCUUGGAGCCAAUCUUUUUCAUCUCAAUGUGCAGGUCAUAGGGACGGAGUGAAUCAGGGCAAAAAAGAAAGGAAUUCCGCACUGUAUGUACUGUUAAGUGAUAAGCUUAACAAUAACCCUCCAAAGGAGUAGAAGGAAGGAUAGGCAUUUCGUUUUUACUUCGCGGGGUGUUGAUGCAUUGGCCCGUUUCGCGGAAGCCACGUAUCAUCAUCACAGCGGUGGUGUGCUGUUGCGCUUCGAAGUGCGCCACACAUUCUCAUUCCUUUACCCAAGUGUGGCGAGACGCACUUUACUACUUUGAAAUUCGAAUGCUGCGCAUCAUCAUCAUUAUCAUUACUGUUUUCUACUUAAAAUUAUUAAUCUUAUCGUUUUCUUUUGAUUUCCUUCCUCAAUUUAUUGUAUUUUUUCCCUUAAAGUUCAUUUUUACGAGACCCUCUAUGCUAUUUUCUUCUCACAUCCAUCCCUCGCCCAUGUCCUUUCGGCAAACAUAUUCUGUGGUGUGAUGUGAUUGUUGUGGGUAGAUUAGGUCCUCGGUUUCUUGUGCAUCACCUUUCGCGCGCUCUCUUUCUCUCUCUAUCAUGCGUAAUAUGCUUCCGGUUUUGAGAUGUACGAAAAGAUCCUUUGCUGUGCGCCUCGUUAUCGCUUUCUCUAUUCCUUAUCACCGGGUUUGUUUGAUAGCAAAUUACACACGUAAAAAUAUUUAUGAGAGAUAAAUUAUUCGAUUGACCUGGCCUAACGCCUAACGUGGUGGUGGUUACAGGUGGGAUUUCAUUUCGAAUUGUACGCUGCCACCGAGCAGUGAAUGUUACAUCAAAGGGUAUAUAAGUAAUCUCGCAUAAACAUUUUCGCUACGUAAGAAAUCUAACGGCGGAAGAGGACCAAAGAUCCGCACCAGGGUAACAGUCAAGGGGAUGCAAUUGGGUGAGCGAGAGCGAGAGCGAGAGCGAGAGAGAGAGAGAGAGAGAGAGAGAGAGAGAGAGAGAGAGAGAGAGAGAGAGAGAGAUUGGGACGUAUAACAGGAAGCAAUUGCUUGUUAGUGCUUAGUUUAUGGUCACGUUAUGCCUAUCCGUGUUCCGCUUAGGUGCAUCAGUGCUGAACCUAACACAUGUUAUGAGUCAGAGAAGCGUAGUACUACAGCAAAUGCGUGUGGCGACUAGAGGACGAAGGCGAAGAUGGAAAGGAGGAUGAGCAUUAAAACUAAGUUUUGGAUUAAUUAUAUGUAAAGUUGCAGAGAAAACAACGGGCACAGAAAGCGCGAGAAGCAAAUAAGCAAAUAUAAAAAAGAACACGAGUAACAAAAACAACAAUGGAGCAGCAUACAUCUCUACCACUUGAUAGCGUUGGCAUGUCGUUCACGUGUGUGUUAUGUGUGGUGCUUUGUGUGGGAAGCUGGAAACACUGGUUUAGUAGAGGGAAAACACGGCCCACGAGAGGCCCAUUCAUGAUAGUAGUGAUGGAAAAUUCCAAAUACAGGAAAGUGCAGCAACAGCCUGUGGUGCGUAAAUUUCUUUCGCUAAAAAAAAUUCCGUUCGGUAUCGGAAUUUCCGUAAAUCUGACUAUAAGAACGAGAGGAAGAAAUAUAAAAUGAGAAUAUCAAAGCGAACACGUAGGAGAGGGACCUUGUCGUAUAAAGGUUAAGUCAUCGUAAAGACGAGGAAAACACUAAAUAACAAACACAUAUAUCCACAAUACACAAACGAGAGACAUCGUAACAAGAUAUGAUAAAAAUAGUAGUAGAUUUUAAAACGAUACGAUAUACGAAGAACAACAGCACAGAGUUGACAAACAGGUGGUGAUUGACAGAGAGAUGACCCGACGAUCAAACUGUAGGACGCGACGCAAAUAGCAGGACGCUAGAAGGUGAGAACCACGAUACUCGGAAAUAUAGAAAGUGAAACACGAAAAGCAAACACAAAAUGUAAAACUUCCUUUGCAUAGCGCUAAGUCGUUUGCAUAAUCCACUCGUGAGCAGGCUGCACCACCACGAGGCAAUGGGUUUGGAACAAAAUUUGCAGGGAAGGACAGAGACAAGGAGGCGACAAAUGAAUUAAUAUAAAAAAUGUAGAUGUUCAAUAUUCUAGACUUAAACAAAAAACACACCACCUUCAUCCCAACAACAAAAGGACCGAAUCGAUUGCAAGAAGGUGUAUGCCAACAGCCUGCACGAGUUAACAGUCAGUUCGCUGUGUGUUGUGUGGUUCCUGUAGUACGGAUUUAAAGCGUACCGGGCAGAGAUAGAGCAAUGGGGAAUUGCUUCAGGCCUCGCUUCAGGAAGAGAAUUAACGCAGGGGAACAUAACGACAUAGACACACGCUUGGUGUUGGUUGCAAGAUAUAUGUAACUAUUUUACGGUAGUUGAGAGAGCGAGAGCGAAAGAGAGAGAGAGAGAGAGAGAGAGAGAGAAAAGAAGGAGAGAUAGAAGGACCCCUCAGAGCGGAUGCAACGGGCAAGGUUGACCGUUAACUGUACCUUACAGGGAGAGUUGGUGUGUGGUGAGGCUUCCGUUGGGAGGCUUGCGAAGGACGACGCAGGAUUGAAGGAACAUGGCACUGGUGGAUCAUUUCUUAUACUUAUAGACAAGACCGGAUGCCAGACACAUGAAGGGGGACAGUGCAAAGAGAUGGAAAAAGCUCUAUGCUCAAAAUGAUAAAAGCAACAGGUGACGGCGCUGUACCAACAGAGUUGUGCAUGGGAAUCGUGUACUGCGUGGUCGUGUACGCCUGCUGGCGUUAUGCAAGAAUUACCCAUUUGAGAGAGGAUCAAAGGUCCGCUGGUAGCGUCAGGAAGUAGCGAAGCGCCCACGGAAAGCAGAAAGUAAAAUCGUUCAUCUUCGUAACAAUUUCUAUAAAACAAAAACAAACCCGUGAUAUAUUGUGGUUGAAAACAGUAAAGAGUCCGUUCCAGUUCCAGUGUGUAAACGUGCGCUCCCACCACACAGGCGUUUAUGGCUGCGGUAGUUUGCCUUGAUGGUCAUGGUCACUUUCCUGCUGCUGCUGCUGUGUCCCACUUGUCAGCUGCAAGUUUCUUGUACGGCGCAUAACUGAAGGUUGUAAGAAUUCUUCUUUUCGAUCAGUAACAAAUCAGCAGAAGAAAAUCACGAAUUGGUUGUCACACGCUUCUAACGAUUCAAAAGAAAUGGCGCAAGUUAGGAGUUUCAUGCGUUCCCUGUGCGGCAGCUGUACUAUACCUCUUCAUUCGCGAGUUGAGUUUUAUGUAAAAUUAGUGCUUUUUUGUUUUCAACGUCAGCAUGUAUGUACCAUUACUUGAGUUUGCAGCACGAAACCAUCGCUGGUUGAUAAGGUUCAAGGGUAGAAACAAAAACAAGUGUCUUAAGGCCUAAGCGUUCGACUUUAUGGUUUGCCUCACGAGCUAUAAUAAUAGGGACAGGAGCAUUCAACAACAAAGCAACGAACCACAGAGGCACACUGAUUUGGGACCGGUUGGUUGCAUCGUCUUGCCAUGGUUAGCCACUUUCACCAGCCCCACGAAGGAGUUAAAAUGCCAAUCCAACCCUCUUUGAGUAUCUCUGUCGUUUGAUUGAAUUUCGUUAAGACACUGUGGUGCAGUGAUAAGAUGGCAGGUGUUUAAAAGAAGUUUUGUAUCGGAACCAAAAACGUGUGUAGAAAACAGUACGUCUAGCCCAUCGCUCCUAACGACUCGACCAAUCACGAAGUGUUCGUUUCGUAGGCCAAAUGAUUUGAGAUCAAAUCUCCAGAGAACUGCCGAAGGGGUUCGGGCGCACUUUCUUCUAGUCUUUGCUAGUGCGAGUGCUUGUUUUCCGAAGUAUGUUCGAAAGUCGUUGCGAUCGCAUAUGGUGCAUGGGGCGAGCGAAACGGUAGGAAACAGCAGAAGGUAACUAAAAUCUUGCCCAUAAACUAAACACUAAUUUAAACUAUGCGAACGUCAGGUGCGUGCAAAUCGAGAAACACGAGUUUGUACCAGAAGCUUACACGACGAGCGACAAGUAACAAGCGAAGGUGUAGGGACGCUCUAACAUAUAUAGUACAAGGGCAAGAACUAAGAUGUUGGAAGCGCCCGGGGUGAAAGGGCAGCUGUAGAGUGAGACGACCAGGAUCUCCCCAGCACAACAACGAAAGGGAAGAAAGCGCAGCAGAGGGCGGUAGCUAAACCAUCAUUGCAAUCACUAAGGGUGCAGGAAAAGGAUAAAUCUAUCAAAAUGCGCAUGAGAGUGUAUGAAAAACAAAACUGUGGAAAAAAUAAAACAAACAAAACGGAUAAAUACCGAAUGGAG